AUGGGGCUGUCUUUCACGAAGCUUUUUAGUCGCCUGUUUGCUAAGAAAGAAGCUCGCCUUCUUAUGGUUGGUCUUGACGCUGCUGGAUUUAUUGUGGAGACUGUUGAGUACAACAAAAUUUGCUUUACUGUAUGGGAUAUUAGUCAUCAGAACAAUGAUGAAUUAAUAGAUGCUAAGUUGCUUGUGUUUGCAAACAAGCAAGAUCUUCCCAAUGCGAUGACUGCUGCUGAGAUCACUGAUAAGCUUGGCCUUCAUUCUCUCGGACAGCGAUGCUGGCAUAUCCAUAACACAAGUGCCAUAUCUAGAGAAGGGCUAUACGAGGGACUGGAUUGGCUAUCAAACAACAUUGCUGACAAGGGCGAGCACCAUGAGCUGAGUUUACAAGAAAUAGAAGGGAGAAAUUGUGUCCUCCUCCUAGCCCAGCCCCUAGGGAUUGGAUUGCAAAUGGUGAGUGAGGUAUGA